UUCAACGACCACGCAAGUGUAUUGAGUCAUUCAGUCAAACGUGAGAAAUGUACAGUGGAUGUAAGUUAUAGAUCAUAAAGCGAUACAUCAAGUAGAUUUCGUUGCAUUGAGUGUAUUUCGCUGGCGUUGGAGGUGGGAAACGAAUGCUUGCGUGUUGAUGCUGCGUGUGAGGGGCGUGAAGCCGUCUGAAGCGCGUGAAGCCGUGUGAGGCCCAGUCAUGGUGAAGCUGGAGCUCGAUCAGGUGGUGAUGAGGAGGAUGAAGGAAGAUGACAUCGAGACAGUCAAAGCCCUCAUAAAGGAGGGCUGUCAGGGCACAGAGAACCGCCUCGUUCUCCACCUCCUCACUCGCCCUCUCUGCCUCCUCCUCCUGGCCACCAUCUCCUCCUUCCUGCGCUGCCUCCUGCACUCCUUCAUCCUGGCUCUGCUGGUCCCCGUGUUCCUCGUCAUCGUCUACCUGAAGUUCACCAUGCCCCGCUACACGGGGGUGCUGGGCACCAGCCGAGCCUGCUGGGACUAUGUGGGCAGCAGCUACAGAGGACCGCAGGACGACACCCUGUCCAACCCCUACGCCAGGAUCAGUGGGAAGACCCUGGGGCCCAAGAAGAAGGCCAAACGCAGGAAUGUCCCCAAGGAGAAGGAGGAGUCGGGGGAGUGGGUGGACCCAGAGAGGGAGAGGGCGGCGGGGCAGGUGUGGUUGGCCGACUGGGAUGGCGAGGUGGUGGGCUGCGUGGCCAGGGAGGGUGAGCGGCGCUCGGGCGUCAGGAGGAUCUGCAGGGUGGUGGUGGGCUGCUGGUACAGGAGGGAGGGUCUGGGGCGACUGCUGGUCCAGAGCCUGGAGCAGAGGGAGAGGGAGACGGGGGCUGGCCGAGUCUACGCCUAUGUCCCCUGCCCGUCGAAGGCGGCCGAGGCCUUCUUCAGGAAGCUGGGCUACCGGCUGCAGGGGGAGGGCACGUACGGGGAGGAGGAGGAGGAGGAGGAGAGGCUGGAGAAAGCGGAGACGGGGUUUCUGGGCUUCCAAAUCACCAAGGUGUUUUUCAAAGACCUGUGAUCGAGUAGCGCUGCUCAUACGGAGGUGAGCUUUGAUCCGAAACAGAGAAACUGAGAUGUUCAGACGGAGAAACAGACCCCUGGAUGGAUUAACAAACAGGAGGAUGGGAUAGACUGUAGGAGAGAAAUCACCCGAAGAGAUAUGAGUACCAGCUUAUAGCGGUAGCAAGCUACUUGGUGGAUUGUGUUUUCUGUCUUAUUUUUUUCUGUCUUAUUUUUAUUUAUUUUUUAUUGUAAUUUGUGUCAUUUGAGUAUUUAUUUAUCGAGCUGUUUUUGAGUAAUAGUCCAAAUCUAACGACUAAAGUGGUUAAAAUGGACACCUACACCUCAUAAUGUACUCAAGAUUCACCAGUGUUGACAAGACCCAACAAAGUCUAAUAUUUCAUGGAAAAUAUGUGUUUAUAAAACAUUUAUUAAGUAA